AUGCUCCGUUACGCCGUAACCCUCUUCGCCGCUAUCAGUCUCCUUGCCCAGUCGGUGGCCGCCGAGUACGCCUUCACUGGCUGUGUUGGCCCACUUGGUCUUCCCGUGGGCUCGUUCAUGGCGGGCUUUGUCGACCAAAACACAUGCCUUACCACCAGCUGCUAUGGCUAUCGCUUCGCGUACAUCCACGGGGACUCUGGUGCCUGCUGGUGCCACAACUCCCAACCUGCCGCCCUCUCCCAGGUCCCUGCCAAUGGCAUCGGCUUCCAGCAAUGCGUUCCUGGAACUGGUUCCUACGCCACAUUCGACCGUCCCACCUCUUUUGACUGGGACGGCUGCUACAGCAGCUUGGCACCCCCCGUCAACUUUAUCACGGGCACCGCCAUUGGCCCGGCCGCUUGCUUCCUCAUGUGCGCGUCUUACAUUAGCGCUGUGAUGGAGGCGGUCCCGCUCAACCCCCUCUACGACUGCCUUUGCACAAGCGAUCCACUCACCGGCCUCGUUGCCAGCAACUGUGCCUCGACACCACCCUCCGUUUUCAUCUACUCCCACUCAGCCGGUGCGGCCGCCUCCGCCCUCCCUCGCCGCCGUAACGAACUUGCCCUCGACGAGUCCUACUGCCCCAUCGGUCAAGACGCGUGCCAAAUUUCGUCCGACCCUGCUUUGGGCUAUGAGUGCCUCGCUACCUCGACCGAGCUUGAGUCCUGUGGCGGCUGCCGCUUCGGAACCUACGGUAACACCUCGACUAGUAUUGGUAUCGACUGCACCAGCAUCCCCGGCGUCUCGUCCAAGAGCGUUGCCUGUGAGGGAGGCUUCUGUGUCACCAAGCGCUGCCGCAAGGGCGUUCACCUUUCUCCCUCUGGCGAGUGCAUCUAG